GCUCUCCGGCACACCCACAAACAGCCCGGCCCCAGGAGUCGGUCUGCAUUCCUGCAGACGACUACUGCUGGGUGCUGCCCCCCGCCCCACACUUGGAAGAGCUGGAAAGCGGUGCCCGCAGGUGCCGGACUCCAGCCAUGCUGGCGCUGCUGUGUGUCUCCUUGUUCCUGGUGGCCUGUGCCUCGGACGCCAGCCUGAGCACGGAGGAGCAGAUCCGCGACAUGUACGCCAAAGUGACGGAGAUCUGGCAGGAGGUGACAGGGGGGCGGGCGGCGGACGAUGGCCAGGACCCCACACUCCACGCCAUGUGCCAGGUGCAGCCAUCGGCCUCCCUGGACGCGGAGCAGCCGCAGGUCACCGGCUUCGUGCUCUUCCGGCAGCUGGCGCCGGGCGCCCGGCUGGAGGCCUUCUUCAACCUGGAGGGCUUCCCGCCCGAGCCCAAUGGCACCAAACGCGCCAUCCACGUGCACCAGUUCGGGGACCUGAGCCAGGGCUGUGGGUCCACCGGGCCGCACUACAAUCCCCUGGGGGUGCAGCACCCUCAGCACCCGGGCGACUUCGGCAACUUCGCCGUGCGGGACGGCAGCCUCUGGAAGUACCGCUCCGGCCUCGUCGCCUCGCUCAGCGGCCCGCACUCGAUCGUGGGCCGAGCGGUGGUAGUGCACGAGGGCGAGGACGACCUGGGCCGCGGGGGCAACCUGGCCAGCCUGGAGAACGGCAACGCAGGCCGCCGGCUCGCCUGCUGCGUGGUGGGCCUGUGUGGGCCUGAGCCCUGGGCGCGCCUGGUGCAGGAGCGCAGGAAGCGGCGGCGGGACAGUGAGUGCAAGACGGCCUGAUGGUGCCCCACCCGGGGCGCGGCGGAGAGCUCCUGCGCGCCCCAGACCCUCUCUAUGCCCUGACCCCCCUUCUGGAGCCCCGGAUCCUUUCCAUGUGCCUCAGGACCCCUUCCACACCCUGAAGCUCCUCCAAGCGCACUGAGAUCCCCUCCGUGUGCCCCAAGACCCUGCCCCCACCUUGACUUUCUCCCUCUGCUCCCAGAGACACCUUCUAUCCUCUGGUCCCACUUCCACCAUAGCUGAGGUCUCCCCAGAAGUCCCCUGUACCCUGAGUUCUCCAAACAGGUAUGCCGAGACACCCCCGGCAUCCAGAGGGCAGUCCCACCCUCAGAACACAGUCCCCCUCCCCCAGUUCUGAGAACCCCCAGAGGUACACCCCUCCAUCUAACACAUACCCCACCUUCCUUGAAGGUCUCCUAGACUCUUAAGGCCCCUUUCUACCCUGACACCCCUACCCUCACCCCAUGAACCCUGAGACACCUCUUUGCCUUAAGGGCUCGCCCAACACCCCACCCCUUACAUUCCUCCUAUGCUCUCCUGGACCCCGCCUGAGGUUGCCCAGGAUCCCGGCCUCCCCGCCCACCACCAGCAUGUGGCCCUGCCAGCACAUGCCCGAGUUUUCAGCUGCUUUUGGCACCCUGCCACCCUGCAGAGAGCAGAUACCCUUUGGGGCUGUUUGCCAAUCUUCACGUUGCACAUUAAAAACUCAGCAGCUCAGUAUUGC